UAGAGAAUUUAUUGAAGAAGGAAAGGAAAGGAACACAUCCCAGAAAUCGGCUUUCCUUGCCCAGGGCUGCCUUAAAUGCAGUAGCAAAGGCAAGAUUGUUCAAAAAGAGGAAGUGUCGUCGUCGCUUUGUUCCGUUGUUGAGAAGCGAAAUCGAACGGUUUUUCGGGCCUUUCAAUGUAGAACCCCUCGCGGGCGACGAUCAUCCUUUCCCCAUCUUCUCCUACUGGUUUUUCUUCUCAGUUAUAAGUGUCCAGUGGAAUUUCUUCUUGUAUAUGAUGCUUUGUUCUGCAUUUACGACUCACAUACAAACGUGGCUACGUGAUUAUGACAGGAUUCAAUCCUUUGCAGUUAUUCUCAUCUAUGUUCAGAUUGGUUGUGCACUGAUUGGAUCUCUUGGGGCAUUAUACAACGGCGUUUCCUUAAUCAAUUUGGGUAUUGGGUUAUUCGCAUUGGUGGCUAUUGAGAGUAGCAGUCAGAGUCUUGGUAGAACAUACGCCGUACUUCUCUUCUGUGCAAUCUUAGUGGACAUUUCUUGGUUCAUCCUUUUUGCAUCCGAAAUCUGGAAUAUUUCUUCUGGGAAUUAUGGAACCUUUGUUAUCUUCUCGGUGAAACUCACUCUCUCCAUGCAAAUUAUUGGAUUUUGUGUGAGAUUAUCAUCUUCACUAUUGUGGAUUCAAAUGUAUAAGCUCGGUGUUUCGUAUAUAGACUGUUCAGUUCCCCGAGAGGCAGAUAGUGAUAUGAGAAACAGUUUUCUCAAUCCUGCAACUCCUCUAACUAGACAGCCAUCCAAUUCUGAUGAUGCUCUAGGUGGUUCUGUAUACGAUCCUGCAUAUUAUUCCUCCUUGUUUGAAGAUGGUAAAGACGAAACGUAUUUUUGCAGGGGUAGUCAAAAUAAUGGCUUUGUGAUUGGAUCACCUUCUAUGGCGAAAACAAUUCAAUUUAAGCCAUCAAUGAGCAGAUCUAUCCGCAUCACCGACGAUGACGGUGCUGCAAGUAGUCCCCAGCAUGUCUGAAGUUGGUUGUUUUACAAUGAGCACUUUGGGAACGUCCAUUCUCCAUUUUUUAUCUGGAGAUGUAGUUUUUUUCACUCAAUUCAGCAGGUUUGUGUAUGGUAGUGAGCUCUGUACAGUAACCGAAUGGUAGUAUUCUUUUCCAAGAUAAUACAAAUGAUAAACCUUGUGUUUAGUCUUGUAAAGAUAAUC